AAACGUAGUGUUGAAUUAUAAUUCAUUUAAAUAUUAAUAUUGAAUUUAUAAUUUAAAUAAAAAACUUAUUGAAUAUGGAAACACAAUCGGUUGUACGACGAUUUCCACAUAGUUUUUCAAUUGAAAAUAUACUCGCCAAAUCGUCUAAUAGUGAAUAUAACGUGAACAAUUGCAAUAAUGCCGAAGGUGUAAUCAGAAGCAUAUUUUCUACUCACCACUCGAAUGGUGAACAAAAUUUGGAAUUACGUGUAUCAAGUCCGGAAUCUAGCAUCAAUGAUGACAAUAUUGAGGAUUCUAAGAGUGAAGCAGCUUCCGAAGAUGAAAGUAAUUCGAAUGACGAUCGAAAAAAGAGACCUCGCACUGCAUUUUCGGCAUCACAAAUAAAAGCUCUGGAAUCGGAGUUUGAACGCGGCAAAUAUCUUUCUGUCGCCAAGAGAACAGCACUUGCCAAGCAGUUGCACUUGACAGAAACACAGAUAAAAAUUUGGUUUCAAAAUCGUCGUACAAAAUGGAAGCGUAAAUACACUGCCGACGUGGAAACAUUAGCUUCUCAUUAUUACGCGCAACUGGGCAUUGGUGGCUUGGCGAGGCCUAUGGUUGUUGGUGAUCGCUUAUGGCUAUUUAGUCAAACACCAACAGGUCCAACACCCAUACAAUCAAUUAUGCUAAAUGGUGGUGGUACGACUCAACCUAUACCUGCUGCCAUGCGACCAUAUUCAAAUCCGAAUGGUGCAAGCCCUAAUAAUUUAAUGUCAACUAUGCCAGCACAUAAUGUCAAUGUUCUAGAGACUGCACGCAAUGCAAUACUAGCACGUGGACAACCAUUGAACUAUACCACGCCCUAUAGUACUCUCAGUAAACAGCCAUGUAUAGGUGCCAACUAUAUGCAACGAAUACCGUCAACUCUUUCAAAACCUUACAUAAACAGUAAUGAACGAUUUGUGGAUUAUAUGAUGCCAAAUUCAACAGUAAAUACACAUUAUUUUAAUGGAACAGAUGCCGCAUCGGAUGCUUAUUUUCAACUUAAGUACAAUGCUCUGCAAAAUUUAACUCUACCGCCUGAACCGGAAGCGAGCAGCACAAACGGAUUAGCAGAGUUGGAACGUGUUUUUGGUGAUACAAAUGCAAAUUUUCUAGAGCAUAAAUUAAGUAAUGGAAAUAGUUUAUCUGGCAAAUCUAUGGAUUACGGACAUGCUGGGUUAGCUACAACGCAAAGGAAUAAAACUAACAAUGAAACAGCGGAAAGUGAAUGUAGUGACAUUGAUUGCGAACAAAUCGAUGAACCCGAUGAACUAUAAAUAAAAUUAAAAGACGUCAAUUACAUUUCAAGUUAUUGAUAAUUAAAUUUUUAAAAUUUUAUUCAAGGAAGUAAAGUUGUAAAAAACCGAUUAUUUGUAAAUUGAUUUUGCCAAAUUGGUCUAAAUUAUGUAUGUACUCAAUAAAUAUUUCAAAAUUUUGAAUAAAGUGGCACAAUUAUUUCUUAUUGCAUAUACUAUUUAACUUUGACUAUACAAAUUUUAUAAUUCAUGUAUAUAUAUAGAUAAAUAAUUACAUAUUUUACUUUUGUACUAAUUACAAUUUUUAGGCUUAUAUUAUUGCUAAUAGAAAACCAUUAUAUCUCUAAAUCAAUAUAACUUGUUAACUAAGUACAGUACCUUACAAUAAUGUAAGCAAUUAUUUACUGCGUAUACAUAAUUUAGAAACAUUUUAAAUCAAAUCACAUUAAAUUACAAUUAAUUUGAAUUUAAU